GGAACGCAGAGAGAAGGGAGAGAACAUGCCCUCGGCUCUUCCGAAGUUCUUACUGGAAAGACCACCGGUGACAGAGAAAGAUCUGGAAGGCAAAACUGAGGACGAGAAAGAGAUGAUUAAAAUGAUGGGAUUCGCAAACUUCGACACCUCCAAGGGAAAGCAUAUGCCGGGCAACAACACCUACGGCGUUCAUGUCAUCCACAAGCGAAAGUAUCGUCAAUACAUGAAUCGAAAGGGAGGAUUCAACAGGCCUUUGGACUUCGUUGCUUGAAACAUUUCCUUGUGUGCUCAUAGCGCAUGCUUUCGUGUAACCCCAUGACCUAAUAAAAUAUUAUGUGAACACUUGUCGGA